AUGCCGAACGCAGGGACGCCGGCCAAGAAAGGCAACGAUCCGUUUGCGAGGCUUGCGGCAAAUACGACGCGAUCGCCGCGCGCGUCCGCCCCACCGCCGACACCCAAAGAUCUGCACGAUGCGUUUCUUCUACCGCGCGCACAAGAAACAACGUUUCAUCGGCGGCUGCGCACACUCCUGCUAGAUUUCGUCAAGCAGCUCAUUGAGUGGGAGGAGGAGCAUACGCUCGAAGGGAUACGAUGGGCGUCCGAAGCGCGGCAGGUAUGGGACGAGAUUGCAAGCAUCCUACGCACAUCACCCAAAGACGACGAGCAGCAGCGUGCAAGCCUAAUACCCCUUUUACAAACGCUCGAACACGCCACCACCGAGCUCUCCAGUGUGCUUGCGCGACUCGAGAAGCACGGCGCACGGAUCACCGUGCUUGCCGACAUGGGCACCGAGCUCUUGCUCGAGGCAUCCGACGGCGGCAAGGAAGCCGCAGCGUUCGGCGUGCCGAUGUGGGGCACAUGGACCAUGGAACGGUUCGUACUCGCCAUGCGCAGCCUUGCACAGCAGUAUGCACUCUCCACUACAGAAAUUGCUCUGCUGGUCCCGCAGCUGUAUCUACCAACUACGAUUGCUCCUGCCGACGCACCGACAGACACGGCAAAGCGCGCGAUUCUCGAGCAGUUUGUCCGCCUUCCCCAUCUGCACCCGUCUGGGCUAGCGAGCCACGCGCCGAGCUUUGGUGCCGACGCCGCGCUGGCCACGGGCGCCAGCCGCCAUUUUUUCGAGCACGUGUGCGAGGCAGAGGUGCGCGGCUGGUAG